AUGACUGACUACCAACUUCAAAUUCCUCGCACUGAGGUUAUCCUGAAAAAGUCCGAAGACAUUCUGGAACAGUAUGGCAAGUCACUUUUUGGAAAGACAAUUCUGGUAACCGGUGUUUCGAAUGAAUCAAUUGCUGGGGAGCUAGCUCUCCGACUCGCGACCGCCGACCCAAAGCUCCUCAUCCUCACGGCUCGUGCUGAGUCAAGAGCAAGUCCGAUCAUUGCUAAGAUCAAAGAGACAAAGCCAGAUGUCGCAGUCCGCUUUCUUAAUCUUGAGCUCAGCGAUCUAAGCUCAAUUCACAAGGCUAUUGACACCGAUCUGGCUGAUAUCACGAAGAUAGAUCAUGUUGUCUUCACUGCCGGAGUGAUGGCUUGUCCAUACAGCAUCACAAAAGACGGAUUCGAGAUGCAAUUUUGUGUCAACUACCUUGCCAACUUCUUGCUCACCAAGCUUCUGUUGCCUAAGAUUCAAUCUGCUGGCCCGUCCUCUUCAAUCAUUGUCGUGGCAAGCUCGGCUGUCAGGCAGGGUAUAAUCAACUUUGAUGACAUUGGAUAUAGCAACGGAAGUACUUACGACAGUUUCACUGCUUAUUGCCAGUCCAACGUUGCAAGAGUCAUGUUCGCCAAGAGCCUUGGCGAAAAGUUGAAGGAUCAAGGAAUUCGAGUGUAUAGUAUCGAUCCUGGCUCUGUUACCACUGGACUCCAACAGCACAUGGAUGAGGAUCUCCAAAAGAAGGUUGCGUCGAUGUUCAAAGACGGCUUUAUAACGGAUGUGGAUGGAAGGCCAUGGCAGCCCCAGCAGCGUUCCACCCGCUCAGAGGGAGCGUCUACGAUGAUUACUGGCAUGAUUGACCCAACUAUCUCAGGUCACAAUGGUGCUUAUUUGAAACAGAACGCCCUGGCUGAUGAUGAGCUGCACCGCCAUGUUCUUAAGGAAGAGAACUGGACCCGUCUUUGGGAGUUGAGUGAAGAGUUGAUUCAAGAAUCAUUUUCUGUUUGA